UAGCCUGUAUGCGUUUCAUAAUUUUCAUUUUUUCUCGACAUCUCUAUUCUCUCCCCGUUAUUUCUCCGGCUGCUCUUCCCGGCGGACACCGGACCGAGAUAUAUAGCCUUUUUUACCACUAUUCAGUUUGAUUAGUGUCUUAAAGACCGAGGCAAUUGGAAGUAGAGCUCUUCAAUUUCAUCUGGUGAUGAAAAUACUUCAAGAAUAUGCGGGUGCACUUACUAAUUUUGAAGUUCUUGACUUUCUAAGAUCAAGAGGUGCUGGUAAAGAUCCCACACGACUUAUUGCUGGCAUAGCACCAUCUGAAUACAAGGUAUAUGAUUAUCUUGAACAAACAGCGGCCUCAACACAAACAAGAGAUAUAGCAAUUGAGUUUGUACAGAAAUGCAAGGAAUAUAACCUUGCAAAAGCUGAGAUUCUCAACAUCCUCAACAUUCGGCCAUCUUGUGAGGCUGCCUUGUACCCGAUCAUAGAGGAUUGGGACAUACGUUUUUCAGUUGAGGAAGAAAAAGAGGAGGAAGAACUAGGGUUGCUAAAGACAAUCUGUCAGGUUUUGCCGCCUCCUCCAAGUGUAAUGGAAUCUGAUGAAGGGAUUGGUGUGGAAGAAGAAGAUAAUCCAGAUGAGCAACAAAAGAAGGCUGUGGAAUAGAUGUUUCUUCAUAUAAUUAGAAUGUUAGCUAGGUGUAAACUCGGGGUUAGGAUCUUAUAUCUAUUUUAUGAAAUGGUUUUCACAGAUAAAAGAAAGCCCAGAAAGGGAUGACUACCUGGAAAGAGGAAAACCCAACAAUUAUUCAUUCGCUCGAACCAACCAACUUAUAUGUUUUUUGCAACCAACUUAUUAUUAGCCACUGAGCAAUCCAUUGCUAUGCGGUGUGGACCUUGGUAAUGCGUCAAGCGUUUGGAUAUGUAAUUACUUGAAAUAAUAUUUUUAUUUGCGGUACAAACACAAUUUUUAAUAA